UACACACUCCAGACCUCGACAUCUUACGCUGCCCCGUCCAUGGUUGAAUGUAACAGCACACUCGGCGCCUCCGACCUCUAGAAGGUCCUGACACGGCACCAGCAGUUUACCCUCCUACAAACUCGCCCACGCCCGCACAGCAAUGUUCUAGGAAAGAAGCCGCGCCUCUCGCACCUGCAACCCGCGCACACCAGCAGCCAUGGCCGCAGCAGUUCGGAACACGGUUUCGAGCGUUCUGCAUCACCACCACUCCAAUCGGGAGCCCUCACCGCAAGCCAAUCAGUUGCCAAACUCUCACGACCGCCAGGACUCGCCGGCCAUGGAGCGCGCGCGCGAGGAGGAGAAGCAUUCUCUUGCGCAUUGGGAGGACCACAAGCGCCCUCUGAGCCCGGAUCAGAUCGCCAAUGACGGGGACCAGCGAACUGUCGGGCACUCGUCGCAGGUGCUGCGACAGGACGACUUCGAGCUUAUAAAGACUCUGGGAACGGGAACAUUCGCGCGCGUAUGGCUUGUACGGCUCAACAAUGCCAGAGACGAGGACCAGAACAAGGUAUUUGCGUUGAAGAUUCUGCGCAAAGUGGACGUGAUCCGCCUCAAGCAGGUGGAACAUGUGCGAAACGAGCGCAAUGUGCUCGCUGCCGUCGCGGGCCAUCCCUUCAUCACGACCAUGGUAGCGAGCUUCCAGGAUCACGAUUCAUUAUACAUGCUGCUCGAUUACUGCCCUGGAGGCGAAGUGUUCAGUUAUCUCCGAAGAGCGCGCCGGUUCAACGAACCAACCUCGCAAUUUUAUGCCGCCGAAAUCGUUCUGAUAUUAGAGUUCCUCCACGAGAAGGAGGGGGUAGCGUACCGGGAUUUAAAGCCCGAGAACAUCCUCAUAGAUGCAGAAGGGCAUCUGAAACUUGUCGAUUUUGGAUUCGCGAAGAAGGUAGAGAAUAGGGAAACAUACACAUUAUGUGGAACCCCUGAAUACCUCGCUCCCGAGGUCAUCCGGAACACAGGUCAUGGAACUGCCGUAGAUUGGUGGGCAUUCGGCAUCCUAGUCUAUGAAUUCCUCGUCGGCCAACCUCCCUUCUGGGACCAUAACCCAAUGAAAAUAAUCGUCGAAGGCCGCGUGCGCUUUCCCUCCGCCAUGUCCUCAGAAGCCCGUGACUUAAUCUCCGGCCUCUGCACCGUCGACACUUCAAAACGCCUCGGCAACAUCAAAGGAGGCGCCUCAGCAGUCAAAUCCCAUCCCUGGUUCCGACAGAUCGAUUGGAACGCUCUGUAUAACCGCAAAGUGCAUGGUCCGAUUGUACCGCACUUGCGGGGGCCUGCGGAUACGAGGAAUUUUGAUGAGUAUGAGCCUGAGAGUGAAAAUAGAGAGCCAUAUUCGAGGGAAAUGAGGGAUAAGUGGGAGGAGUGUUUUAGGGACUUUUAGGGUAUAUAUGGGGGGGGUGGAAGGGAAGGGAAGGAAGGAAAUGGAUGGGUGGUUGGGAUGACUGCACUUGGCGUUUUUGAACGAGGAGGGAGUUGGGUAGUGUUUGAGGUGGGAUGGAGUUGCAGUGCUCUUCAAGAGGAGGAAAAGUGCCAGAGGAAGAAAAUGCACCAACACAGUAGCG